AUGACGGGCCAUUCUGUAGAGGUUGACGAAGCAGUCCUUGACGGCGAUUCUGUCAUCGACGAGAUUGCUCUCUCAACAAGUUCAUUGAAUUCGAGCGUUCUAAACUACCCAAUCGAACAUGGCCGCCGCUACCACAAGCUGAAGUCGGGAUCAUACGUUCUCCCUAAUGACCAGCAAGAGAUUGACCGGCUCGAUCUCUCUCACUUCGUCAUGGUCAAGGGUAUUGGGGACAAGCUUUUCCUCGCUCCUAUUGAUUGGGAAAAGUCCCAGCGGGUUCUGGAUAUUGGUACAGGCACCGGCAUCUGGGCCUUCGAAAUCGCCGAUACGUAUCCGAAUGCUGAGGUCCUCGGAAAUGACCUCAGUGCCAUUCAGCCCUCGUGGGUUCCACCAAACCUAAAGUUCGAAGUCGACGACGUAGAGAGCGAAUGGGUUCACAGCAGCCCCUUCACCUACAUCUUCAGUCGCUACAUGACAUGUUGCAUCCUUGACUGGCCUAAAUUCGCCAAGACAGUAUAUAGCAAUCUUGCUUCCGGAGGUUGGGCCGAGUUCCAAGACUUCGAUCUCACCUACUACGCAGAGGACGGAUCCCUCACCGAAGCCCACUCCACACACAAAUGGAUCACCACCCUCCUCGACGCAGCCAGAGCUAUCGGCCGCGAGCCGAAUCCGGGCCCCAAACUCGAGGGCUGGGUCAAGGACGCCGGAUUCCAGCACGUGCAGAGCAGGAGGUUCAAGCUCCCCAUCGGCACCUGGCCCAAGGACCCCGUGCUCAAGGAGGUGGGCCGGCUGAACAUCGCGCAGGUCUUGAAUGGGCUGGAGGCGUUCUCACUAAGGUUGUUUUGCGAUGUGCUUGGAUGGUCGGAGGAACAAGUUUUGGUGUUGUUGGCGAAGGUGAGGCAGGAGUUGCAGAGUAAUACUGUGCAUGCCAUUAUGGAUUUUUAUGUCUGUUUUGGGCAGAAACCCGAGGAGCAGGAGGGAUAA